UAGUUCGGGGCAAUAUCAUGCCGAAAAGUUGUUCUGCAUAUAACUGUACCAAUAGGUACAGCAAACAUACAGAAAUUACUUUUCACAGAUUUCCUUUCAGCAAACCAACUGUAUUUAGACAAUGGCUGGAUAACAUAUGCCGAGAUGACUUUUAUCCAAAGAAACACAUGGUCAUCUGCUCCCUUCAUUUUACUACGGAUUGUUUCAGUGGCUUAGGCAACCGCAAAAACCUGCUGUGGAACGCUGUACCCACCCUUUUUACAUUUCCACCACCAAAUUCUAAGAAAAGAAAGUCAGGAAAAAGGCUCAAACUGCUUCCAAAGGGUGUCAGUGUGUCCCAAGAAAAGAUGGAAACACAGAAUGACCUGGACCCAGAAGAGAGACUUCUAUCCAAAUCUGCAGAGGGCAACAAGAAACAUGUUGUCAUCUUCGAUCACAGUUACUCGCUGUCCGACCCAUGUGGAGUGAAGGCCCAGCUAUUCAAAGCCUUGGAUACCAACAAAUGGCUCAACAGAAGGUUACAAAUGAAGAGCCAGCUGAUCAACAAGAUGCGGUUUAAAUUGAAMGCAGCACGCUCCGAGUUGUCAAGUCUACGCAGCUGGCAGAAUCUGGCCAGGGCUGCUGGUAAAGUAUCUAUACGGCCAAGUGUACAGAGGAUAGCUGUGAAUGAUAUCAGCUGACACAUUGACAUUGGUUUUAUUGGAAAGCUAUUUUGUAUUGGAACACAAGGAGUUAAAUUAAUUUGCUGAUCCUCUUCUGAAAACAUAGUCUUGAAGACAAGACUUUUUCCAAUUUCAUCUUGGUCAAUGAGUGUAAAAUAUUUAUUUUGGAAAGCUUUGCAGCCAGAUCCAUCUUGCUGCCAUCUGCAAAACCAUUCUUUAGAUAAUAUAGUAUACUUUUCCCAAGAGUUUAAAGUGACCUUCCUGGACCUCAGUUUUU